CCUCGCUCCAGUCAUUGAGCUGCUGGCGUCUCCAGCACGCACAUCACUCAGCUCUGCGUCUCCUGAGAACCGGACAAAUUCCACUAAGAUGAUCUCCAAGACACUGAGAAGGGUGGUGAUCGUGGGGAUGCUGGUGGCUGUGAGUAAUCACUCUCAAGGGUCGUGCCAGUUCGACCUGGUGGCGGUGAAGGAGGGUCACCACCACCCCUUGCUGGUGCAGGGGAAGAAGAUGGUUUACCCCGAGCUGGAGGGCAAGACCCGGGUGGUGAGGCUGACGGAGGGAGCCAAGCUCCUGGUGGCCUGUCCCGGGCCCAACAACGCCAUCGCCUUCUCAAACACCAAGGUCACGGAUCUCACCUGCUCCGGCGACCAUCUUAGUGCCGUUGGCAAGGGCAAGCUUCAGAAGGUGACCUGGAAUAAGAUGGGCUGCUUGCGCAUGCCUCGGCCGACGGUGCAGCCCCUGAGGACCAAGUGUGGGAAGGCUGGUGUGGGCUACAGUGUGGGCUGGAGCCUCAAGCCCGAUCUCUUCCUCCAGCAGAUCCUCAUAUGUUUCAACCCUACUCUUGAGGCUACGGAGUUUACUCGCCAUAGUGUGUACGGCAGCCACCUGACGGCCAAGACCCAAGACCCUGGGCGGCCGCCAUUCAAGCACGCAGACAUGUUUACUGCGAACGUAGAGGAGCUGUAUAGCAAGACCAACCAGCGACUGCUGGCUGAGAAGGCGCUGAGGUCCCGGGCCCACCUGACCGUGGAGGGCCAGCAGUUCUUGGCCAAGGGUCACCUGGCUCCUGACGCAGACUUCGUCUACGCCGCCGAGCAAGACGCCACCUACUACCACGCCAACGUCGUUCCUCAGUGGCAGGCCUUCAAUAAUGGCAACUGGAAGCGUCUGGAAUCCGCCAUCCGGGAUUUGGCCAAGGAGCAAAAGACGACGUUAGAAGUGUUUACUGGCACACAUGGCACUCUCCAGCUGCCAGACGUCAACAAUAACCCCGUUGAUCUUUUCCUUGGUCUAGCGGCCGGCAAGAAACUGGUGCCAGUACCAGCACUCAUGUGGAAGGUAAUUCACGACGUCAAAUCACGUCGAGCCGUCGGCAUAGUUGAAGUCAACGACGUCACGGGAGAAGCCUCAGCCAGAAGAAUGACCCUGUCUGAACCACCGUGUCGUGACGUGUGUAACGAGGUCAGCUGGGUCGACUGGGACACGAGCGAUAUCAGCCGGGGCUUGACCUUCUGUUGUCAGGUCAAGGACCUCAAGUCUCUUAUCCCGACCGUCCCUGACUUAAGAAAAGGAUAUCCUUAAACCCUUGGUCGCCUCCGUCUUUCUCUCCCUUGACUUGUGUGUGGGGGCGUUCAUCCCUGGCACAUGUAAGAACGUCGUUGUCAUUCACUGGACGGGAACAUCUUGUAAGUUUCUCGAGGCGCGACCGUCGGCUUGGCUCCAAACGCACUGCCCGUACGCUGCUCCAGGGCAUUCAAGAUUGGUAGACGCAUCAGCUGCUGCCUCUUCUUUGUGUCACUAGUCACGGGCGUCUUCCAGGCCGUUGCAAGUAAAAUUCCCACCUAAAACUAAGAGGCAGCAACAUGCAUCGCCACUGUCUAACUUCUCACAUAAACACGUGAGGUUCCAGCCAAUCAACGACCUUCACCUCUUUCCACGUCACGACCCCUGCCUCCUCCUAUUGGCUAAUGGUAACGUCAUCCAUCUUUCCUCUUGAUCAAAGCGCCUGUCAAUAUGUUUAUUUGUGAUGUGUGUCUAUGUAUAUAUUAACACGUUGUACUGAAUGGGGU